AUGGCAGUGGCAGGGCUUCCUUAUGAUGCCAAUGAUGUGCUUGCUGCACCGGUGGCGCCAGGAGGUUCUGCCAACGCUGGCAGGUCGGUCAAGAGAACAUCUGUACGCCGUGGGCGGAACGAGAAGAGACUAUCGAAUCCCAGAUCCACGGUUGCCAGGGCGGAGCCCGUGCCGCGCCGCAGGGGCGGUGACCAGAGGAAACAUGUCCAUGUGCCCGAAAAGAUUGUCAAGGCCUUUGCGUUUCUUGCAAACUUCGUCGCGAAAACAAUGCAGUUCGUUGCAUCGCCUUUUCGUUGGAAGGAGCUCAGCGUGUUCUCCGAGUUCUCCGGAUAUGGCACGGCAGAGAUUGCAGCUGAAGGUCCGCAAAGCUGCCUGUUUGGAGACAUCUUGAACUUGCUGCCAGCGAACGUCUGCCAGCAGCUAGGGCUGGGGCCAAAUCAACACUUGAGUCCGGACACAAGGCCGGUGUACGACUUUGAGAUCUUGGCAUCAACUAUCACGGCAGACAAUGUGGUGCUGCAUGAAUACGAUUAUUGCUUAGCACAUGGCAAGAACUGCCGCCGUCUUCCAGGGAAUUGCACUGGGUCGCAAGAGGAGUUGUCCAUUUGUGUGGCAGGGAUGAAGAUGAUCAAGCAGGGUGCGCCCCGGCUAUUCCUGCACGAGAACGUGCCGAAUUUUCCUGUUGCACUGGUGCAGAGCCUUCUAGGCACCGACUAUGUCCUACGUUGCAUGCUGCUGGAUCCGAAGACCUUUGGUUUUCCAAUGAAUCGGCUGUGUGGGAAUGUCGACGAAUUCGUCGACAACCUGGUCCCCGCAGACGAAGAUAACAUUCACUUGACGGCUGACGACUUUUUGCUGUCACCGCCUCUGCCACAAGAAGAAAUUCUAGGAUCAACCACCGAGGUACAAGCUAAGGCCGCGAGCUACUAUGUUGAUGAACUGGGUGCACGGAUUUGUGACUUACGACAGGAUCCGAGAUACCGACCGCGAUGGGGAACCGAUGACUUUCCAGUGUUGACAACUGGUUGUGACAAGCUCCUGAACAUUUCGGCCGAGCAAUUUUACAGCCCGGAGCUCAGCAUACGCUUGCUUGUGAUUGCAUGCUGGAAAGUUUUCGGUGAGGUGGCUUGGAUCUGGCUGCCAGCCACGGAAUGCCAACGCAUCAAGUCCUGGCAGAUGCUUUGGGCUCUCGCUGUCUUGCGGUUGACGCAGUGUCAAACACAGCUCUGUGCCAAUGAAGUAGAGGGCUUCCGUAGCAUGGGCGGUGGCAAGCGUGCCGCGAAAGCGGCGGUAGAUCCUAACGUGGAUGAUCUCGCGUCCGAUGUUGAAUCGAGCAGUUGCAGUGGAAGCAUUCUCGUGGACGGAUCCCGGGGCGCAGACGUCGCGCCGCAGGUGGCCAUGCAACUGCUUCAGAUUCAGACGGUGCAGCCGCUGCGCCGGAGCAGAUUGUCAAGCAAGAGGCGGAAUCGGCAGGUCCCGACGGUCCCGGCGGGGGCCCAGCGGAAUCGCGCCCAUCUGGCAAAGCCGGUGGCCAUUAUUGCAGAUUUCAAGAAGCGGAAGCAGAUGCAUGUGUGGAACAACAUGACCAAGUCCGAACGGGAUAAUGAGAUCAGAAACAACAAAAAAAAUGCCCGUGGACGUGGGAAGAAGUUCGAAGUCACCUUGUCAGAGAAGGUUUCGGUGUCAGACAGCAUGGAGUGCCGGCGCAGCAAAGAGUAUCUCAACGUUAGGCAGUUCCACAAGGAGUGCAAGAAACGAUGGGGACUUCGAACGGACGAGAUCAAGCAGCGAUGGCGCAGUCUGCUUGGAGACCCUGCCGUCCCCAAGGCCAAGGACGAGGAGGGUUGGUUAACGAUGCCAGCGCUCGCUGUCUUCCAGAGCGUCGGGAGCCGGAAGAUAAGCCACACUGGGUCGCUGACGACGGAGAGCGGUUUGGAGGGUCUGAAUGACUUCAUGGAGGCACCAGUUCUGCAGGUUGAGUCGGCAGUGCAAGUCUCUGGGCGCAAAGCUGGCAGAGGACGCGGCGGUGGUGCUGCGCGAGGGCGGGGUGCGAAGGUUGCUGGUGGCAAAGGUGAGGCUCCCGACGAGGAGGACAGUCGACCAAGAGUGCGCCAUCGCGAUGCCGAGAGAGACUUGGCCAAGAUCCAUGCACUUCGGAAUCGACGGACGGUGGCAAACGAUAUGCGCCAUUUGCUGAAGGAGUUCGGGAUCGCGCUGCAGAGAUCCUCUGAUUUCCGAUCGGAGCUCGGAGAGCCCGAUUACUCGGGCUUGGCGCUCAAGCAGCUGCUGAAGCUGCAGAAGAUCAUGCCUGCGGAAGUGACGAGCCAGCUGGAAACGGAUGCCAGCGAGGAGGGUGGCAGUCUGCAGAUUGCCCUGGAUUACCUUGACGAGUAUGCGGGCAGCAGUGCUGCGAUCAAAGAGCGCAGCCCAAACAGUGAGCAGGCCUUCGUGCAGGCGAGCGCCAGCGUGGCAUUUAACAGUGGCGAGGAGCUUGAGCCGAAGUACAUCAAGCAGUACAGCAAGGUUGUGCGCAGCCUGGUGAAUGCCUCUCAAGUGGCCCUGAAUGGAUUCAGCGAUGCUGUCGAGGACGAAUUGCGCAGCUUCGAAGAGGAAGUGGAAACAGGCAAAGCCGACAAUGACGACAAAGAUGCAGACAAGGCGGACAGAGCCGGCGAUGGUCCCGAUGUGGAGGGGCCGUGGGCUUGGCCAAUCAUGGAUUGGCUGGGCCAACGGGCUGAUGCUCCGCAAGAGGUCUUGGAAUUGAAUAACCUCCGUGUCGUGCCACGCGUUGCGGAUGCAUCAUGGGUGGAGGAAUGGCAUGGGGCCUACUUGUACGACGGCAUCCGCGGCCAGGACGUUCCUGGCGAAACGAUGUCCCAGUUCGAGGACUUCUACAAGUCCCCCAGCGUAGUGCCACCCCCGUGCCGCAACAGAGUGUCGAACCAGACCGUGUCCUUUGCCUCCUGCUUCCGCAGUCAAGAUUGGACAUCGACAGAUGAAGCCCUUCUUAGGUCCAGCUACUGGGCCUGCCAGCACUGUUCAGCAGACGGGACGUUAAAGGAUGCUUUCGCCAACACCGAUGGCAACAGCCAGAUGGUUGAGAAAGCAGCCGGAAGACUUUGCUGUGCGCGCUACCAAGGUGCCAGAGCGGAGUUUUCACAAGUGGGAGUCUUUGCUGCAUGA